AUCCGUUUAGUUUUGUUUGUGACCUGACCACCACCACUUUCUCCUCAUACCGCACAAUCACCCAAUAAAAUCACAAUCUAAUUCCACGUAUAGUACUGUAGUACAAUACGAUCAAAUAUACGAGUACACGACUCAAGUUUCCUAUUUGACCCGAAACUGUACUAUACUAUCAAUUCACGGAUGCACCAGAAUCCCCAAAUGCACAUUUAUUACUAAUCACCAAACCAUAGCAAUAGCAUAGAAGAACCCUUUCAGAUCUCACUCCAAACGGAAGAAGAACACCGACAUGGAUGGUGGACACAUGCACGGCGGCAUGGAUGGUAUGAACCAAAACUCAUCAUCAUCAUCAAAUGGAACCAUGACGAUGAUGGGUCACAAGAUGCACGGCAUGAUGCACAUGACAUUCUACUGGGGAAAAGACGCGUUGAUUCUCUUCAACGACUGGCCUGCUGGGGAUACCGGUAUGUAUGUACUGGCCUUGAUAAUUGUUUUCGUCAUGUCGGUUCUCAUCGAGUUACUCUCCCGAACCCGCUUUAUUAAACCCGGUUCGAACCCUGUCACUGCCGGUCUGGUUCAGACGCUGUUGCAUGUGCUUAGAGUUGGUCUGGCUUAUUUGGUUAUGUUGGCUCUUAUGUCCUUCAAUGGAGGUGUGUUCUUGGUUGCUGUGCUUGGUCAUGCUCUUGGGUUUCUCUUGUCUAGCAGUGCUUUCAGAAAACAACAAAACCAUGAUGAGCCUUAUGAUCUUCCUCCUAUAUCUUGUUAACUGUUUUUAUGUUUCUUAGUCAUGAUAAUAAUCAUAAAUUAUUGAGUAUUAAUUUGCAAUUUAUGUUUUGGGUUACAAAUUUUGGUUGUUUGCAAAAAUGAUUAUUUAAGCUUGGUACUGUACGAUAGAGAAGACAAUGGAUAUGCGAUGCUUUGCAAUAAAAUGACCUUUUGGACCCUGUAGGUUCAUCUAAACUGUUAUGAAAAUAUUCCUUAGAACCGUCAACAUGUGUAUGUGGAUUUUGGAUGAUACAUCAUACAUACAUGGAGGUGGUAUGGCCACAUGGGCACGGAAAGAAGAUAGGCCGCAUAGAAACAAAUUGAUUGUUUGUGUGAAGAUAUUUCUUGCACAAGGUGCCAAUAGGAGUGGAAUUUUCGCCAUUCCUUAUUCUCCAUACAUUCUCGGUUCUUUCUACCCCGCAUUUUGCUUAAAAUCUCCAUUUUACCCCUUCUAGUUUAUGUGAUUUAUUUUAAUUCUUCUCGACUUUUAUUUAUUGUUUUGCAACAAAACCAAUUCCUUAUAACUCGUUUUUAAAAUUUGGUUGAAAUUGAAACACGAUAAUUCGAUUGGAUCAAAAUGCAAUUAAAUGGGGGAACCGGCGCAAACCAAAAAAACCGAUGAAUGAGAAGGUUUUUUUUUUUCUUUCAAAAGGAGAGAGUUUUUUCUCUUAACUUAAAAGUAAACAAUGUCAUUUUAAAAUAGUUAAUAGUUUUUUUUAAUAAUUAAAAUUUAGAAAGUAAUAAGAAAUACAAAUCUCAAUAUCUCUAAAAGAAAACUAAAAAAAAAGUUUUGUAGACACAAAUUUAACGGUGAUUGAUGUUGUCUUUGAUAAGGAAUACCAGAGUUUGAUCCCACAACUUUGAUCGAAAAGAGGUUGUGUUGGAGCACAAGGUUGGAGAUAAAGAUGAUGGAAGAGAGAUAUUAUUCAAUUGAAAAACGGUUACAACGAAUGAUUCUACAUGAU